UUCCCACACACGCAAUGACAGCCCGGAUCAUCGGAAGAAAAUUGAAACAAAUGUCAAGAAUUGGAACGAUGGCUACAAACUCUGACAGUGACUUAGAAGGAGAAGUUAUACGUUCUUUUAUUUCCCUAGAGUCAUUGGAUCCAAAUAUUUUUAGAGCACCUAAAGAAAAUCUAUGGCACCCAAGUAGAAGUAGAUUUAUUUUUGGUGGUCAGGUCGUAGGUCAAGCUCUUGUUGCAGCCUGUAAUACAGUAUCUCCUGAUCAUCUUGUUCACAGUCUACAUUGCUACUUUCUUAGAGGAGGUAACUCUAAUUGGCCAAUCCUGUACCAUGUGGACAGAACACGUGAUGGGGAAACCUAUGCGAGUAGGUCUGUGAAAGCUACACAAGAUGGCAAGGCUAUAUUUACCAUGCAGAGCUCAUUUAAGACAGAUGAGAAACAAGUUUAUAGAUACACCAUGGAUAUGCCUAAAGUGAAAGGGCCAGAGGAAUAUUUGGAUGCAAAUGAGAUUCUCAAAAUGAGAUUAGAUGAAGAUGGGGUUUCAGAUCAAGAAAAAGAACAUAUAAGUAGAACGCUAGCCGAAGAGAUACCAUUGUUGAUAAGGCCAACAGAACCAGAAAGCUAUUACCGUAUAAAAACUGGAAAACCAGAGCGACUUCUAUGGAUGAGAGCCAACGGAAAUAUUGGUGACGACAACAAACUUCACCAAUGUGUCGCAGCGUACAUGUCAGAUUUUUCCCUGCUGGGGACGGCACUACAGCCCGGUGGACCAAACUUUGAAACUCGAUUUAUGACCUCAUUAGAUCAUACAUUAUGGUUCCAUAAUCCAUUCAGAGUUGAUGAGUGGAUGCUGUAUGAAUCUUUUAGUCCUCAUGCUGGAAAUGGAAAAGCUUUGGUGUUGGGAAGAGUGUGGAAACAGGAUGGAACACUUGCAAUGUCAGUGGCCCAGGAGGGGGUGGUCAGAAACACCCCUGUGUCUAAAAUGUAGCAUUUUAUAAGUGUUCUACCUAUUAACAAUAAUGGUGUAAACCUGUGAUGAUGAAUAC